GGUUCAGUCAAAGAGGAACGACUCCAGCAAACACACUCCUGUUCUCUGGUCACCCUCUCAGCAAAAUGCCUCAAGAAUAUUAUGGAUUCUCCUUUAGGAACAAUGCAAGAAGCAACAAUGCCACUGUGGCCCUUAACAAUGCAGCUGAUAUCUCUGUUAUUGUGAUUUACUUUGUGGUUGUUUUAGCUGUCGGAGUAUGGGCUAUGGUUCGCACCAACCGAUCCACUGUUGGUGGUUUUUUCCUUGCAGGAAGGAGUAUGGUGUGGUGGCCGAUCGGAGCAUCACUCUUUGCCAGCAACAUUGGCAGUGGCCACUUUGUAGGAAUUGCUGGUACUGCCGCGGCUGCAGGGAUAGCCAUUGGUGGAUUUGAAUGGAAUGCUCUUAUUGUGGUCGUCAUUCUGGGAUGGGUCUUCGUGCCUAUCUACAUCAAAGCUGGGGUGGUCACCAUGCCCGAGUACCUGAAGAAGAGGUUUGGAGGACAGCGUAUUCGCAUCUAUCUCUCCGUGCUGUCCCUCUUCUUGUAUGUGUUCACCAAGAUCUCGGCAGACAUGUUCUCUGGUGCCAUAUUUAUCAACCAGGCUCUUGGAUUGAAUAUCUAUCUCGCUGUUAUCAUGCUACUACUGAUUACCGCGUUGUACACCGUCACAGGUGGACUGGCUGCAGUGAUCUACACAGACACCUUACAGACCAUCAUCAUGAUUGUGGGAUCAUUCAUCCUCAUGGGCUUUGCUUUCAAUGAGGUGGGAGGCUAUGAAAGCUUCCAGGAGCGCUACAUGGAGGCCAUCCCUUCCAUCACAGCUGGCAUCAGUCCAAGCUGCUACGAGCCCCGGGCUGACUCCUUCCAUAUUUUUAGGGAUGCAAUUACAGGAGACCUGCCGUGGCCUGGCCUGGUGUUUGGGCUCACCAUUCAGGCCACAUGGUACUGGUGCACUGAUCAGGUGAUUGUGCAGCGUUGCCUCUCAGCCAAGAGUUUAUCUCACGUUAAGGCAGGCUGUAUCUUAUGCGGCUACCUAAAGCUGCUGCCUAUGUUCCUGAUGGUUUUCCCUGGGAUGAUCAGCAGGAUCCUCUACCCUGAUGUGGUAGCGUGUGUGGACCCGGAAGAAUGUCAAAAAUACUGUGAGGCUAGCGUGGGCUGCAGCAACAUUGCUUAUCCCAAACUAGUGGUGGAUCUCAUGCCCAAUGGUCUACGAGGUCUUAUGCUGUCUGUGAUGUUGGCCUCUCUGAUGAGCUCACUCACCUCCAUCUUCAACAGUGCCAGUACUCUCUUUACAAUGGAUAUCUACACUAAGAUUCGCCGCUCCGCCAGUGAAAAGGAACUCAUGAUUGCGGGCAGAGUGUUUAUCGUGGUUCUGAUUGGUGUGAGCAUAGCAUGGAUCCCUGUGGUGCAGUCAGCCCAGAGUGGUCAGCUCUUUGACUACAUCCAGUCCAUCACCAGCUACCUUGCACCACCCGUUGCAGCAGUCUUCAUGCUCGCCAUCUUCUGCAAACGUGUCAAUGAGACAGGUGCAUUUUAUGGCCUCAUCAUUGGCCUGUUUAUCGGCCUGUCCAGGAUGAUAGCUGAGUUCGCUUACGGGACGGGCAGCUGUGUUAAGCCCAGCAACUGUCCCACCAUCAUAUGUGGGGUCCACUACCUCUACUUCUCCAUGAUCCUGUUUGCUGUAUCCAGCAUCAUCAUCAUGGGAGUCUCUCUCAUGACCAAACCCAUCGAUGACAAGCAUUUGUAUCGGCUUUGCUGGAGCCUGAGGAACCGUACGGAGGAGAGGGUGGACCUUGAACAGGAUGACUGGGUUGAUAACAAUGAAUCAGAAAAUAUGGACAUAGAAGAACCCGAGGAGGAGGCUGGCUUAUGCAAGAAGGCGGUGAUGUGCUUCUGUGGCCUGGAGCAGAAAAAAGCCCCCAAGCUGAGUCCAGAGGAGCAGGCAGAGCUGCAGAAAAAGCUCACAGACACCUCGGAGGUGCCACUAUGGAGGAACAUUGUCAACGUCAAUGCCAUCAUACUCCUGUGUGUGGCUGUUUUCUGCCACGGUUUUUUCGGUUAAAGAAACUCGACUGACUCCAGUUGCUCAGGGAUGCUGUAAUUUAUAUUUAAGUGACAGGAUUUUACAUAAAUGUAAUUAAUGACCCAACAAACUGUAGCCACAACCCUCAUAUAAUAAUGCACUUGCAGACCUUUUUAUACUCUAUCAUAAUUACUUUAUAUAUGUUGUAUAUGGCUGCUGAACACUGCCCAAACAUAAAAUAUAUUUUUGCUAACUAUGCACGUGUGUAAAACUCUGAAAGCAACCCAGGAAAUCAUACUAUAAUACAGUAUAUUAACAUGUUUUGCAAUUAAACACAUGUUAAAAUUAUGCAUAAAUAUUCAUGCAUUAGAACUCCACACAUGGAUCUGACACACUGCACAACUAUAGAUCUUGUAGUUUUAACUAUAAGUAUUCUGCCUUGUGUGCCUUGUCUGUACUGCUGUUUAAGUGAGUGUAAGCACAAUAAGAGGAAGCAAGGGUGGCUAUUUAAAACAGCUCAUGAAUGAAGCUGCCUUCACCUAAAAAGACUGCAGCAGCACUGUUUGAAGUAAUGAAAAUUAUUGUUUAAUUUGUGGUAACAGCCACAAGUCCUCAAUGAAAUGAUUAAAAAGGUUUUAGCAUUAGCAGUAAUUAAUGUAAAAUUUGAUUAUGAUGAGAAAAUAUAUAUUGUCUUAUAGACUUUCUAGUUUACAUGUACGUGACGUGAAAGUGAUAUGACCCAGGCUCAUUUUUGCUGCCUUAAAUAAUGAAAAAGAAGAAAUCAUGUGAUAAACAAAAUGCUAGUAACUUACCUGCAACACAUAAUAAACGUUUCUGUGUACAAGGUAGAAGAUUUUUAAAUUUCCGAUAAUUACUGUAUUUGCUACCUCAUUCUACCUAAGCCUUGUUUUUCUCUUUAUGUGUGUUCAAGGUCCAUGAGGGCUGUCACUUCUUAAAUCUAUGCACCUUACUGUUUGUUGUUUUAGGUGUUAAUGAAUAAAAAACAUGUCAGGGAAGAAGUGUUCUGAAUUCCUCAGUCACUGUCAGUCACACUCUCUUUACUUCCCUCUGGUGGUUCACUGUUGUCCCUGCUAAAAAUGUGAAACACUGGUUUGCUGUUUAUUUUGCUCCAUGUUAAGUUAGUGGUAAAAUCUGCUCAUACUGAGGUAGAUUAUACCAUCUUUUAUGUACUUGGUAAAUAAAUGCAGGAAGACAAACACACAUGAUCACCUU